GAAGUCCCGCCCGAAGACCAGGCUGCUGGCUGCCUCUCUGUCCCCUUCAUGGCCUACCAUACUUCAUUUCUAUCGAAAGCUUCCUUCUUUUCGUAAUGGAAAUCCCAAACCAUUGCAUAUCGCAGGUUUGCCCCCUCUUCUCCAGUCAAUUAGGAACGCAGCAACAGAAAUAAGCACCGCAAACGAUUUGGGCUUGAGAUGGGCAUUCUUUGCGAUGACGUGGUCCAGAUUCGACCGCCUGAGGCCGCCGGAGAACCGACGGUGAUCGCCAUUAACUGCCCGGACAAGAUCGGGCUGGGAUGCGACCUAUGCCGCGUGAUUCUUUCCUUCGGUCUGAACAUCGUUCGCGGAGAUGCGAGCACGGAUGGGAAGUGGUGCUAUGUUGUGUUUUGGGUGGUGGGGAGAGGAGGAAAAUUGACGAGGUGGGGAUUGUUGAAGAAGAGAUUGUUGGGUGUGUGCCCGUCGGUGCUGCAACAGUAUCAGUAUUGGCCGCAGGAGAUGAUGGUGAUGGAUCAGAAGCCACAUGUUUUUCUGCUUAAGUUUUGUUGCUUUGAUCGGAAUGGACUGUUACAUGAUAUCACAAAAGUUUUGUGUGAGUUGGAGCUAACGAUCCUAAAAGUAAAGGUCUCAACCACCCCUGAUGGGAGAGUGAUGGAUCUCUUCUUUAUCACUGACACAAGGGAACUUCUUCACACUAGAAAGAGAAAGGAAGAGGCAUGUGACAAGCUGAAAUCUAUUUUGGGGGAUUCCAUGACUAGCUGUGAACUCGAACCAAUGAGCGGCGAGAUAACUGCUUGUUUGCAAGCUUCUCCUUUCCUUCCGCCCGAAAUAAGUGAAGCAAUGUUCAACCUAGAACUUCCUCAAGUAGAGACAGAUGGGUCUCAUUACAAAUCUUAUGUGCCAACUGUCACUGUGGAUAACUCGCUCAGUCCAGGGCACAGUCUCAUUCAAAUCCUUUGUCAGGAUCACAAGGGCCUUCUUUAUGAUAUAAUGAGAACUCUCAAGGAUUAUAACAUCCAGCUCUCAUAUGGGCGUUUCUAUACAACCCAGAAGGGGGGAUGUGAGAUUGACUUGUUUGUAGUGCAAAUGGAUGGGAAGAAAAUUCUUGACAACAGUAAGAAGAAAGCAUUAUGUGAUCGUUUGAGAAUGGAGAUGUACAAACCACUUCGUGUGACAGUGGUGAAUCGUGGGCCUGACACAGAGCUUUUUGUAGCAAAUCCUGUUGAAUUAUCUGGCAAAGGUCGUCCUCUAGUUUUCCAUGAUAUCACCCUUGCCCUCAAAAUGCUCCAUGCUCGGAUCUUCCUGGCUGAGAUUGGCAGGCAUGUUGUCACUGACAGAGAGUGGGAAGUGUACAGAAUUCUUCUUUGUGAUGAUGAGUCUUCUGCAGUUUACAACAAGAUUGUAGAGGGAGUGACAAAGAUGCUUAUGGGCUGGGAAUGAAACUUGUCAACACUUCUCUUUCAACCUCACUUCCUUUGGUUUUCAAGAAGAUUUCUUCACUGUACAAAUAUGAUCUAAUUCACUAUGUGCUAACCUUAUUUUACUUGUGAAUAAUGACAUUUUCAUACGAGAGGCAAAGGAGCAUUACAGUCUGUGUUGUAAGAUGUGCAGAAGAUGCGUGGAUAAUGAGCCUUUGUCAUAUUGAAAGUAUCAAUGCUCUAUAAGCUUCAAAAUGGGUGAAUUUUUCUUACUUUUAUCUGAAGAUAAUGUUUUGAUAAAAGCUUCUCAUUUCAUAGAGCUUGUAUUUUUA